CCGGCCGACUAGCUUCAGUUCAUAGGGAAGCUGCAGACUGAGAAGGAAACUGCAUCUUCAGACUUCUGCUCAGCCUCAAGAGGAGCUAGGGUCACCGGACGCCUAAAUCCCUUCCCUCGCAUCGCUCCCGACUCUCCCUGCCAGUUUCCUCAGCCACAGUCUUACCUGUGAACUCCAGACUUCCCCGGCCAGCAGUGGAUGCUCAAGUUAGCUGCAGAGACCUAGGACAGCAGUGAGUGGGACACCCAAACCCUUACUCAGCUCUCCUCCCGCACCAGAGUCUCCCGCAAGGGGGACGAGCAUGCUGAUUGUGCCUUGAAGGACCCUAACUCUGAACGUCCGAGAAGAUGCUGGCCAUGAAGUUGUUCACGUGCUUCUUGCAGGUCCUGGCUGGGUUGGCUGUGCAUUCCCAGGUGACCCUGCCUGCUGGGAACAGCUCAACAGAAGUGGAAGUAGUGGUGCCUUUCAAUGACGUAUGGAACCGCAGUUUCUGCCGGCCAAUACAGAAGCUGGUGGACAUUAUGGAUGAGUACCCUGACGAGGUGGCUCACCUCUUCCGCCCGUCCUGUGUCCUCCUGAGUCGCUGUAGCGGCUGCUGUGGUGACGAGAGUCUGCAGUGUGUGCCGCUGAAGAAAGCCAACAUCACCAUGCAGGUCAUGAAAAUCUCCCCUGUUGUGAAACAGCAUUCCCAAGUAGAAAUGACAUUCUCUCAAGAUGUGCUCUGCGAGUGCAGGAGGAAAACCAAGAAACCAAGAAAGAGAAGCAAAACACAGACUGAGGAACCCUACCUGUGAUACUGUUUCCCCCGGAGGUAACCAGCCACUCAGAGGAGAGACCCCGCACCCAGCUCAUAUAUUUAUUACCGUCACCCUCUCAGAACCCUCUAUUUAUUAGCCAACUCGUCCCUGCUGAAUGACUUGCUCCCUCCAGGAUAAGGGGCAUAGAAGGACAGAACCCUCAGGAAUUCAGUGCCUUAAACAGAACGUGAGAGAAAGAAAGAAGCCAGCCACAGAUGCGUGGGGAGCUUCGGCUUGGGAAGAAGCAAGGCAUGAACACGGCCUCCUUGCAAGGGGCAAGCCAGGCGCCAAGA